GGUGGUUUGUAAACAGAAGUGGCAGUAAAAGUCGAUGCUUUGUUGUAAAACUUAAACCUGAGUAUGGAUGAAGAAUACUAUGGCGGUGCUGCAGAGUGGGACGGGCAGGAUGCGAUUAUGGAGGAAGAUGGCUUCACGGAUACAGAGGGGGAUAACAAAUUACAAGAGGAAUGCUUGCAGAAAUUCUCCAGUAAGGACUACAUUAUGGAGCCGACAGUGUUUAACACGCUGAAAACCUACUUCCAGGCAGGUGGCUCUCCUGAACAUGUUAUUCAACUCCUGUCAGAGAAUUACUACGCUGUGGCACAAACGGUGAACCUGCUGGCUGAGUGGCUCAUUCAGAUGGGUGUGGAGCCAGCUCAGGUGCAAGAACGAGUGGAGAAUCAUCUAAAAAGCCUGCUUAUUAAACACUUUGACCCGCAAAAAGCCGAUUCCAUUUUUACUGUAGAAGGAGAGACACCUGCAUGGUUGGAGCAGAUGAUUGCACAUACAACAUGGAGAGAUCUCUUCUACAAACUAGCUGAAGCUCAUCCUGACUGCCUGAUGCUUAACUUCACAGUAAAGCUAAUCUCAGAUGCUGGAUACCAAGGAGAGAUUACUAGUGUCUCUACUGCUUGUCAACAGCUAGAAGUUUUCUCCCGUGUGUUACGCACCUCACUUUCUGCUCUGCUAGAUGGUGGAGAGCAGAAUUUGGAAAAGAACCUUCCUGAGUUUGCUAAGAUGGUAUGUCAUGGCGAGCACACAUACCUUUUUGCUCAGGCCAUGAUAUCCAUUCUGGCACAAGAGGAACAGGGUGGAUCAGCAGUGCGUCGCAUUGGUCAGGAAGUACAGAAAUUUGCCCUUCAAAGUGGCCAUGAUGCAAGUCAAAUAACAUUGGUACUGGGCACAGCGGCAGCCUACCCACGUGCAUGCCAGGCUCUUGGUGCAAUGCUGUCAAAAGGGGCACUAAAUCCUGCAGAUAUCACAGUGCUUUUCAAGAUGUUCAGCAGCAUGGACCCUCCUCCUGUGGAACUGAUCCGUGUUCCAACCUUUUUGGAUCUGUUUAUGCAGUCUUUGUUUAAACCUGGAGCCAAAAUAAACCAGGACCAUAAACACAAAUAUAUUCACAUACUGGCCUAUGCGGCAAGUGUGGUGGAGACCUGGAAGAAGAACAAGCGUGUCAAUAUCAAUAAGGAUGAACUGAAGUCCACCUCCAAAGCCAUAGAGACUGUUCACAAUUUGUGUUGUAAUGAAAACAAAGGAGCUACAGAGCUAGUGGCAGAACUCAGCACUUUGUAUCAGUGUAUUAGGUUUCCAGUAGUAGCAAUGGGAGUGCUGAAGUGGGUUGACUGGACAGUGUCAGAACCUCGCUACUUUCAGCUGCAGACAGAUCACACACCUAUUCAUUUGGCCCUACUGGAUGAGAUCAGUACAUGUCAUCAGCUUCUCCAUCCACUGGUGCUGCAGUUGCUUGUUAAGCUAUUUGAGACAGAACAUUUCAAACUCGAUGUCAUGGAGCAGCUGGAGUUAAAGAAGACUUUACUUGACCGCAUGGUUCACCUGUUGAGUCGAGGCUACGUGCUGCACGUUGUCAGUUACAUCCGUAAAUGUCUGGAAAAACUUAACACUGACAUCUCACUCAUCAGAUAUUUUGUAACAGAGGUUCUUGAUGUGAUCGCUCCCCCAUAUACCUCUGACUUUGUUCAGCUGUUUUUACCCAUUCUUGAGAAUGACAGCAUAGCUGGAACUAUCCGCACUGAGGGGGAACAUGAUUCUGUGGCUGAAUUUAUUGCACACUGCAAAUCCAACUUCAUUGUGAUCAACUGAGCCAACCCUGUGUGGAUGUGUGUUUAAAAUGGUUUAAACAAAGACAAGGGAAGGUCGAGAUGGAUUUCCACAACUAAGCAGAGAAAUUUGUCGGUAUCAAUAUGCAGCCCUAAUUCCUUGUUUGUAUGUUUCUGAGCUCAGCAAAGUGAGACUUGCAAAACCCAUACUCAAAACACAACAUUUUGAAUAUUAUGUGCAUAAUAGACAUUAAAUAUUUUGAACAAUAAUUCUGUUUUUAUUUGUAAGAUGGAAAUUUUUUUAAUAAAAAUAAUCUCAUGGUC